UAAAAGUUAAACGACAUAUUCAUUCGGCGUUUACGGACAUUAGAGGCAGCACAUUGAGCGUUGAGUUUUAGUGACUUAUAAAGUAUACACGAACGUUUACUUUAGGGUACAUAUACUCUAGAGCCUGUAUAUGUGGAUCUUGACAGUUCCAUGCUACAUAUGUAGGCUAGAAACCUAAUAGAAUAAAUUAGGCCAAUUCUAUCGCAUUGUAACUGUUACCUAACAUUGUGAUAUGGCCACGAUUGUGUACAUUAAAUUGUGUACUAUGUAUUGGAAAGAUGUCAAAAGGUACCUAGGUGUCCUGCAUAACCCCACCAUCCGCAUGGACGUAACCCCUCUAUGUACAUACAUACCUAGGUACCUAGGUACAUUGUAAUGACAUGUCAAUCAAAGUCCUCUUUUGCCUUGCGCUACCUACCAUUGGAACGUACAUGCACCUUAGGUAAUGCAAACAACUGGUAUAAAUCUAGGUUAAUAGGUAUUAUAUCCGUCUAGUCAUCUACCGCGAUAUAAAAAAUACGUAUAGUCUAUCUCGGGAAAGCAAACAAGCAAAAAAAAAAAAAAAGGAUGUCCAUCUCAAACGAGGCAUUGCAGAAGUUGCUGCGAGAGGUUGAGACGCAGGCGAUCGCAGCGCAGCAGCAAAUCUCCCUCGUCAGAACGCAACAAGCAUCUAAGCAACGGGAGUUGCGAAUGGCGCAGCUGACGCGCAGCGAGAUAUCCUCGCUCCCAGCCGAGACUAAUGUCUACGAAGGCGUCGGCAAGAUGUUUGUCGCCAUGCCCGUUGCCGAGAUAAAGGGCAAACUAGAGGGCCAGAUCAAGGAGGUGGAAGGCGAGGUGGACGGGCUUGGCAAGAGGCUGCACUACCUCGAGGUUUCGCAGAAGAAUAGCAAGGACCAGAUAGAUCGCAUGCUGAGGGGCGGUGUGGGCGCGUCUUAGAGGAGAAGGCAACGGUUCUGCGUCCGGUUCGGAAGGGAGGGACAGGGGGGGUUGGCUGCGCUAUGUAGCUAUAUACACGGAGGCCUGCCGAUCACGCGACACGGAGCGCUGGCGCAGCAAAUGGGGGGAGGGGAGAAGCGGAGGCGUUGUGCUGUGUAUGUGUAUUGGUAU